GGUCCCCAGCCCCACGGAGGCACCGGGGGCGCGGGGCCGCCGGAGGGGCGCGGCGUGUGCAUCCGCGAGUUCCGCGCGGCCGAGCAGGAGGCGGCGCGCCGCAUCUUCUACGACGGCAUCUUGGAGCGCAUCCCCAACACGGCUUUCCGCGGCCUGCGACAGCACCCGCGCACCCAGCUGCUCUACGCCCUGCUAGCGGCCCUCUGUCUCGCUGUGACCCGCUCACUGCUGCUGACGUGCCUGGUGCCGGCCGGGCUCCUGGCCCUCCGCUACUACUACAGUCGCAAGGUGAUUCUGGCCUACCUGGAGUGUGCGCUGCACACGGACAUGGCCGACAUUGAGCAGUACUACAUGAAGCCACCUGGUUCCUGUUUCUGGGUGGCUGUGCUGGAUGGCAACGUUGUGGGCAUCGUGGCUGCAAGGGCCCACGAGGAGGACAACACGGUGGAGCUGCUCCGCAUGUCCGUGGACUCACGCUUCCGCGGCAAAGGCAUCGCCAAGGCUCUGGGCCGGAGGGUGCUGGAGUUUGCCGUGUUGCACAACUACUCGGCAGUGGUACUGGGCACCACAGCCGUUAAGGUGGCAGCCCACAAGCUCUAUGAGUCACUGGGCUUCAGACACAUGGGCGCGAGCGAUCACUACGUGCUGCCUGGCAUGACCCUCUCGCUGGCCGAGCGCCUCUUCUUCCAGGUCCGCUACCACCGCUACCGCCUGCAGCUACGCGAGGAGUGACCACCACCACCUGCCCACCACCCUGUCUGCCCCUGUCCACCUCUGCCCUCCUGCUCGCUGCCCAGUGCGGCCCUGCUUUCCAGUGCUCACCUUGGCAUUUGUUUGGGUUUUCCUUUUUCACGCUGGUUCAUCACCUGCCUGGUUCUGGGGCCACAGGGUGUUGCGCAUCUGCAGCACACUGGUGGGGUGGAUUGUCUGCGGCUACGGUCCUUGCCUCCCCAGCCCAUCCGAGUGGCUCAUCAUGCCUUGAAGAGUAGCAUUGUGGACCACCUGGACUAUCCGCAAAGCUGCCCAGCCUGCCUCCAUCAGGGAAGGACUAGCCUUGCCCAUCAAGCACAGAACCUCCACAAGCCCCACCCCUACCCCCAAGGAGCAGACCCCUGGCCCCCAGCCAGGCUAAGGCUCAGCUAUUGGCCUCUGGAAGAGUGGCCUGCUGGGCUGGCCAUCCAUUGCCCUGUGGGAGGCCAAGUUGGCCCCAGGCCCUGCUUUGCCCUGUGCAUGCUGAGGACAUGGUUUGGCUGCAGCAUGCCGCAUGCCACAGCCCCCUGCUCUGCUGCCCUGUUCAGCCUAGACCUCAGGCCUGAGCUGGUGAGAUCCCCUUAUCCUGUCCUGAGCUGGCCUCUGGAGGGCCUACCUGCCUGACCCCAUCUGCUCUUGGGUGGGGCCUGGCCUGGCCUGGCCUAACCCGGCUCUAUCCACUCCUGCUUUGCUUCGAAAUCAUCUUACCUCUUUCCCUUUUUGGUCCCCGUGCCUCCUUGCUCUGGCUGACUUGGCUGGUCACCCAGGUUUGGUUCCUGUAGCAAUCCACUGCACAGCAUGGUGGGGAUUUCAUGGGGGUUGGGGGGAACACCUCCCCCAACACCUGACAGAUCAGGUGGCCACCUGCCAGCUGCCUGAGGUCCUGUGGCCUCAUGCUGUUUGUUGGGUCUGCCCUGUGAAUGUAACUAGCCCAGGCUGUUGUUGGCAAUGCCUGCCACAGCUUCUCCCAGCCUGAAAAACCCAUUCUCUAACAAGUUACGUAGACAGAAUAGCACUCUGCAUGACUUUAAUUCCUGGGACAAAAUGGUAGUUUGAGCCUCCAGACACACAUCUGUGUGGUGCUAGAAUACGCAUGGUCUCUGGCCCCAUUUGAUGGGGGUGGGUGGCCCGGGUAGGUGCAAGAUUUAGUCUGAAGUAUGGAAGGAGACUCUAAUUUAGUAUAACUGCCUCCAAAGUGCAUUCCUAGUCUGUGAAGCUCAGGCUGCCCCUUGAUUCCUUGUAUGCAGUAUUGAGGGGAUUGGGGCAUCUUAAAGCCUCAUUGGAAGGGCUGGGCACUGCCUUGUGGGCAAGAGCUGGUAGGGGUGGGUCCAGCCAUCGCAUUACAGCUACUCUGCUGGGUCAGCUGUGCUCCUGGCCUCUCCUUUUGGAGGUCCCACUUAGGGUCCAGCCUAGAUGGGGGUGGGGAUAGCCUGGGACAGGGAGAGGAAGGCAGUAGCUGUCAGUGCUCAUGUGGCCAGCUGAAAACUGGACCUAGCUUCAGUGCAGGGGGCAUAAAGGCCCAUCACACCCUUCUCUGUGGGGCUUGGGAUGAGUGGCAGACUGAGCAGGCCAUAGAGCUGGGCCCCUGGCACCAAGGCUACAUUCUUAAAAAGGCUCUUUAGGGUGAAUGAGUUGGUGGAACAAGCCCAGCUUCCUGAGGGGCCUUUUGUCCUGUUAGCAAUUAAGGCAUUUGCAGAACACUGUACAGACCCCACUCUCCCCUGUACAUUCCUCCCUGGUGGUGCCUGGUCCCCGCACGGGGAUGGGAGUUUUGUAGACUGUACAGAAAUUGGCACCCUAUUUUCUUGCAGCUCUCAGAUUUUGUUAAUCUGGAUUAUACAGACAGACGUAAAGUGUUUUAGCAAAAUGGAAAACAAACAGUUGUGCCUUUUUCCUCUUUUCUGUUUGGAUUGGUCUCGGCUCGGGGCUAGUCUUAGUUGCUGUGGGGGUAUAGGGACUGCUGGUGUCUGAGGCCUUGGGAUCAGAGGCUGCUUGUGGGUCUGAGGUCUGGGAGGGCCUAAGUAGAAGCCAGGUCUGCUGGACAGCACCAGCUACCAGGGUUUCUCUGAUCCUGUGCCUUUGGGACCUGCAGUCUUUGGGGUUGGAAGGUGUGGCAGGGCACUGGGAUUACUUGGGUCAGAGCAGAGUCUGCAGGCCUGGGGAUCCUGCAGCCACCCACAUCUCCUUGAUCCUGACCUGGGAUGAGCUCAUAGUAGAUUCCUUCAUCCUAGGAGCCUUGGGGGGGGGGGAGUCAUGGCCCUUCCGACUCUUGGACCUGUCUGUCCAAGGGGAUCUCUUCUUGCUGAACAGCCCAUUGGUAAAGGGAAGCUUGCUGGGCUCUCGAGUAUUCUUUGCCUUCUGUUGUUGCCAAGGCUUGGUAGAGAUGCCAGGAGUGGGUGGUGGGCUAAGGUCCAGUUGUACCGGGAUGGAGCCUCAUCAGGCUUGGCAGGGCCUGAAGCCCUGGAGACAUACCUGUCUCCCUGGGCUGGAGGAAGUUGAACAUGCUGAUGACUGGGCCUGGCCCCGUCCACUUCAUCAUCCCAGCCAGAGCUGUGAGUGCUCCGCACAUGUGCACUGAUGUGAAUUUUCUGUUGAGAUUGAUGUUUUUUCUACCUCUGUGGAGGCCCUCCUCCCUGCUCCACCUGGUGGCCAAGCACUUGGUGCGGCUUCUCUGAGUUUGCUGGACAUCUCCCUCUCUCUUGGGCCUCCAAGCACCUGAGGUGGCCAGCACCUGUACUCUGGGCUUGGGAAGGCCAGCCUGGGGUCUGUCUUUGUGCUCAGGAUCUGUGGCUUCCAGGAGGCCUAUUGUUUGCUUGGAAGCUUCUGUUUUCGAGUAGGGAGGGUGGAAGAUAUGGUGGAGUGUUCCGGAACAUCAGUGUUGGAUGAUCCUACAGCAUAGACCUGGUAUACCACUGCUUGACUGUCCCCUCGCAGCUUCCGAUGCCCAGGCAUGUGCCUCUGCAGAUGCCUAGUCUCUGUUGUGUGGCCAGGAGUCUGGCCUGCAUAUGAUAAGCUCUGGUCCCUGAAGGGUGGGGUGGCAUACUCCUGAGUGUAGCAAGGCCAAGCCCUGGUGGCCAUGGCAGCCUCUCCCAUGUCCUGCUCUUAGCACUGUGCUCACCCUUCACUGUAGCACUGCCCUAGGGCUGGGCAGCGGCUGAGGGAUGUGCUAACCUGGCUGAAGUGGUAGAUGCCUGGGUCUGGGGGAAGGCUCUGGCUGGGAGGCCCUGUGGAUAACAGGCUGGUGGUCUCAGGGACUUGGACAGUCCCCAUCCUACAGUGGUACCCUUCCUCCGAGAAGGGGAUAGGUCAGAGGACAGAGUCAGGGACAUACCUGAGGUGCAUUGGGCCUGGUGCCUGGGACGCUUUAGGCCAUAGGAGCAUCACUUGCUGCUGGAAAGCAUGCUGCCCAUUCCCACUUGCCUUUGCCAACCCCAGGUGGCCCCACAUUCAUAGCUUCCUGGAGCUGGCUUCCAGGGCUAUGCCUGUGGCUAGAAGCCUGGGGACAAAAGCUUCUGGGUAUGGAUGGUGCCUCGGGCUUCUUGGGGGCUGGAUGUGGCUUCCUAGCUGGGUAGGAACUGUGCAGCAUCCAUGAGGCCAUCUUCUUGCCAGGGCUCAAGAGGCAACCUGAACUGACCUGAGGUGGUUGUGUCUCCCUGUCCAUGGUAGCAUUGCUGCUGGCACCCAUUGCCACCUGCUGUCUUGGUCAGUUCUGGCCUCAGCAAAGGUCUUGUCCUUCGCUCUUGGCUACACUUAUGCUGGGUAUGGGGCAGACCUUGGGCUGUGCUGCUGUUUGGUGCUGCCAUCACUGUGCUUCCAGCAAGGGUGGGUCCUUGGAAGGUGGACAGAGCUUGCCUGGGACUGGGUGGAAGAUGAGCCUUGACUUACCACUGUUGGAUGUAUUUUUUAAAACAGCAAUAAUUAGCCAUUUUAAAGAAGGGGUGUACCUGCGUAAAUGUGCAUGCCCAUCUGUGUAUGUGCAUCUGUGCACAUAUAUGUGAGCAUGUGCAUCUGAGGGUGUUUGCAUGUGUGAGCAUCAGUGUGAGUGUGUGUGUGUGUGUGUGUGUGUGUGACAAGCACAUGCCAUUUGUAAUCAUGAACUCAUGUGGCUAUAGGUGCCCAAGGAAUCAUAUUCAUGUGUUGCAUGUGUGUGAGUACGUGCAAGUAUUUGUGUGUGCAUGUGUAUAUGUGUGGGCAUCUCCAUAUAUGUAUGGAUGUAUGCAUGUGUGUGUAUGUGCACAUGUGCAGCAGUGGGAGGAACCAGUGGGGACAGUCUCUGAUCUAGGAGGCACUUUGUGGUAAGAAGCAGGGUCUUAUGGUUUUUCUCUCACUAUGCCCAUUCCUUCCCCUGCCCUGCCCUGCCCAGCUCCAUGUGAAUGUAGCACAACCCCACCAGGCCAGCUGAGCCUUUGCCGGCCCUCACCUCUGUCCAUCUUCCCCUCAGCUGAGGGUAGGGUAGAGGAGCUGGAGGCCCCUUGGACAGGACACAGAUUGGGUUUGGCCAGGGUGCAGUGGUAGGUCUCACUGCUGUGGUUUGUUCCUGAAUUUGUACUGUGAGCCCAUGAUGGGGGUGGGGGUAUCCUGAGACCCCAGGAUGUGCCAAAAUAGCCCCUAGGGCCAGGUGACGAGCCGAGUUCCCAAGAAGACAGGCUGGGGGCCCAAGUGGGUGUGUGCCCCUGCCUGCACGGCCCCCAAUGCUGCUGUUUUUCAAUAAAACCAGAAUUG